CAACAUCAUUGGACAACACCGCUUGAGCAAAACUGUCCUCUGCGCAUGCGUCAAACAUUCGCUCACUGGUGCUGCUGUAGCUAACGGCUAGGCUACGAUUCCUGCCAACAUGGAGAGAAAAGUUCUGGCACUCCAGGCAAGGAAGAAGAGAGCAAAGGCAAAAAAGACGACUAAAAAGCAGCCAGCCAAUCCCAGAGCCCGUCAGCCACCGCAGCACGAGGCGUCGCCCCCGGAGCCUGAAGAGCCAGAAGAGAUCCUGGGGUCCGAUGAUGAGGAGCAGGAAGACCCCAACGACUACUGCAAAGGUGGCUACCAUCAUGUGAAAGUAGGAGACCUUUACAAUGGAAAAUAUCAUGUAAUUCGUAAAUUGGGCUGGGGGCACUUCUACUGGCUGGCCUGGGACAUCCAGGUGAAGAGGUUUGUGGCAAUGAAGGUAGUAAAAAGUGCUGAGCAAUAUACGGAAACGGCAGUGGAUGAGAUCAAACUACUCAGAUCUGUGAGAAACUCGGACCCUGAUGAUCCAAACCGAGACAAAGUUGUGCAGUUGCUUGAUGAUUUCAAGAUCUCUGGUGUUAAUGGGACUCAUGUUUGCAUGGUCUUUGAGGUUUUGGGACAUCAUUUAUUAAAGUGGAUAAUAAAGUCUAAUUAUCAAGGGCUGCCCCUGCCCUGUGUGAAGAGUAUCAUCCGACAGGUUCUGCAAGGCUUAGACUACCUGCACUCAAAGUGCCAGAUCAUUCAUACGGACAUAAAGCCAGAAAAUAUUCUCAUGAAUGUGGAUGAGCCUUACGUGCGGAAACUGGCUGCAGAGGCCACCGAGUGGCAGAGGUCUGGGGCCCCUCCUCCCUCCGGUUCAGCAAUAAGCACAGCACCUGCACCAAAACAGGCUGUGAAAAUGUCAAAAAACAAGAAAAAAAAGUUGAAAAAGAAACAGAAGAAGAAGGCCGAGCUGCUGGAGAAGUGCAUUAUGGACCUGGAGGAGAUGGAGAAAGCCACAGGACCACAGGAGGAGGACGACGAAGACUAUGAGGACCCACAGUCUCCCAAAGGCAGAGUGUGUGCCCCUUUAAGACAGCUGUCCUUUCAGGAAAUAGGAGCAGAGGAAGACGAGGGUGAAUGCAGUGUCACCGUAGACCAACUGAGCACGGGACCAGUCGAGCAGCGGGAGGUGAACUGUAAUGGCCAUGCGGAGGUGGAGCAGAGCCUUUGGAGGAGUGAAGACCAGCACAAUGGGAACGCACAGCUGCCAGAGAAGUGUGGCAGUGAGGAUGAGGCACAGUGCAUAUCCCCGCUCUGUAACGGUUUGGACUUUCCCGACCUGAAAGAGCUAGACUUGGACUGUGAAAGCCCUGAGGUUGUAAGAGAAGAGGGGUCACAGACACAAGCUCACAGGCACCCCUCUGAUGGGCUGGAGGAAGGAGAACUGGAGCGGAGCAAUGGCCAUGGCAAUGAAGAGGGCUGUCGACUGUACAGGACCCAGGAGAGUGUCAACGAUGGCAAGCUGUCAGCGGGAUCCCUGUUAGUUAACCCUCUUGAGCCACUCAAUGCGGACAAGAUCAGGGUCAAGAUUGCUGACUUGGGAAAUGCCUGCUGGGUGAACAAGCACUUUACAGAGGACAUUCAAACACGGCAGUACCGGUCGUUAGAGGUGCUUAUCGGAGCUGGAUAUAGCACACCAGCCGAUAUUUGGAGCACAGCCUGCAUGGCCUUUGAACUUGCCACUGGAGAUUAUCUGUUUGAACCACGAUCUGGGGAAGAUUACUCCCGGGAUGAAGACCACCUUGCGCUCAUGAUAGAGUUGCUGGGUAAAAUCCCUCGCCACUAUUCUCUGAGUGGGAAAUACUCACAGGAAUACUUCAACAAGAGAGGUGAUUUGAAACACAUCACAAAACUGAAGCCAUGGGGUUUGCUGGAGGUGUUGGUGGACAAAUAUGAGUGGCCGCGCGAGGAGGCAGAGAGCUUCACCGACUUCCUGCUGCCCAUGCUGGAGCUGAUCCCUGAGAAGAGAGCCACUGCAGCCGAGUGCCUGCGCCACCCCUGGCUCGCCCUCUAGUGGACACACCCAGCCUUUGCACCUCCCAAUCCUCUUUCCCCUUACUUCUCUCCAGAGACUGCAACAGAUCACUUUUCCAUUUAUGGGCAUAUCAGACGAAUAUUUAUUUCUUUAUUUGUUGUUAUUUUGAUACGUUCUUGAGCUAUUGCCUCUGUGUCCGUUUGCUUUGUACUUGUUCUUCCUUCGUGAUGACGUCAGGAAGUGGUGGGUUAUAUUUCUUUGUGGUCAACUGCUGUGCUCUGGUAAACUGCCCUUGUCCGCCUAAUGACACCUGCUCUUGUCCUUGUUUUCGUUACACUCCUGCACUACAAACUAAACGAAUCAAGGAUCUAAUGUAGCCUCUGUAUCCCAUGAAAAGGACUCAAUAUGACUUUAAUGUACAAUUCAUCAGUGCUGUGUUCUUUUUCAAAAAAUAUUAUUUUAUCUAAUGCUACAUCUGUAAGACAUCCAUUUUGUAUUUGUAAGUAGGUUUAGGAUGUUGCACACUGGGCUUAGAGUGAGACUGACUGUGCUGAAUUACAGGGGACAGUCCUCUUUAUUUUUGCAGAAAAAGGUGAAUCUAGAUCAAAUAAAUUAGAACAGAUGGUUGGUGGUCAAGCUAUGUCCAAGUUCAUAUGAUUUCAACUUAAAAUGCACUUAUUUAAUGAAAGGUGUCUGAAUAUCCAUCCAAACACAAAAUCGUCUUUUUAAUGACCAAUACUUAUUUUGUGAAAAACCAACAGUUAGUUUAUGUUAGAUAGUGUUAGUUUGUGGUAUGACAAGUAGCAAUACGGAUCUUAAGAUAACAAACACAGACUGUGAUGCAUUUUAAAUUUAAUUAAUAUUGUUUGGGAAAUUGGUAGAGCACAGUUGACUUGUGUUUAAGCUAGGUCCAUGCUAAAACUGUCUAAUUUUAAAUGCAAUUGAAUGGAAUAUUUGUUGUUCCAACUCUUAGACCUUCUCAAUUUGCCAUUCAAUAUAAAAUCUAUUUGGAAGGUGUGCAUUUUAAAUUUAAAUUGUUAAAGCAUGGGCUCCACAUCUGUAAUUAGUUUAUUGUGAUAAGAGUUCUUGGUCAUGAGAGGCUGGUUUUCUCAUACUCACUUCAGGAACAUAGAGACGUUAUGUUACACAGCCCACUAUGAGGAAAAAAGGUGAAAAUAAAGUGUAUAUAUGUGUACCAAAGAGUUUGCCUUUAUGUAUAUGACAGUUCUGUACAGUUUUUAACAGAUCUUCUAAGACCUUAGCUAAAGAGAUUUAGCUGAGUAGCUGUGUUUUAAUAAAGUAUGGACGAUGUUUGAGUUGUAUGUAUGGCUGUAUGUUCAAUAAUGUUUUUACCUCAGAGGAAUACUGGGGUCCUGUCGACGUCUGAAAGGAGCAGAUAAAACUAAACAAUGUUCGUAUAUGUGAAAACCUUUAGGUCCAAACUAAUGUACAUCUGUGUCAAUUAGCAGAGAGUAGAGUUUGUGUGAGAUCUCAAAACUGUACAACCAACCAUACAAUAAAAUGUUCAUACCAUUCACAA